AUCAGCAUGGGCGUGGUAAUCGCUCUGUGAAUUGGCUUGUUUCGGAUGUAAAUAAUACGAAAUGAGAGCGUUAAUAUUUUGAAAAAACAAAAAAUGUAUAAUAAUAAUAAUCUGCUCACCCCUACAGGCGGUAGGAGGAUCUUGUAGUGUUGUUGUUACAUCAGGUCUUUGUCAGUAUUAUCAAAGCUGGGAAGGGAGUGAAACGCUUGGAGGACCAUGAGUGAGCUGGAGCAGUUGCGGCAGGAGGCAGAGCAGCUGCGCAAUCAGAUCAGGGAUGCCAGGAAAGCAUGCAACGACUCCAGCUUGUCCCAGAUUACAGCUGGUCUGGAUUCAGUUGGAAGGAUCCAGAUGAGAACGAGGCGGACACUCCGAGGCCAUUUAGCCAAAAUCUACGCCAUGCAGUGGGCUACUGAUUCUAGGUUACUAGUUAGUGCCUCACAAGAUGGCAAACUCAUCAUUUGGGACAGCUACUCCACAAACAAGAUUCAUGCCAUUCCAUUAAGGUCAUCAUGGGUGAUGACUUGUGCCUACGCUCCCUCAGGGAGUUACGCAGCCUGCGGAGGCCUGGACAACAUCUGUUCCAUCUAUAGCCUUAAAACCCGUGAGGGCAACGUCAGAGUCACCAGAGAACUUUCUGGACACACAGGUUAUUUGUCAUGUUGUCGCUUUCUGGAUGAUAGUCAGAUAGUCACCAGCUCUGGAGAUACUACAUGUGCUCUGUGGGACAUUGAGACCGGUCAGCAGACCACCACAUUUACAGGGCACACUGGAGAUGUGAUGAGCCUGUCCCUUAGUCCAGACUCUAGGACCUUUGUGUCAGGUGCCUGUGAUGCAUCCUCCAAAUUGUGGGACAUCCGAGACGGAAUGUGCAGACAGUCUUUCACCGGACAUGUUUCUGAUAUAAAUGCUGUCAUUUUCUUCCCGAAUGGUAAUGCGUUCACUACGGGCUCGGACGACGCCACUUGUCGUUUGUUUGACCUUCGCGCAGACCAGGAACUGAUGAUGUAUUCGCAUGACAACAUUAACUGCGGCAUCACCUCUGUGGCCUUCUCUAAGAGUGGCCGUCUGCUGCUCGCUGGCUACGAUGACUUCAACUGCAAUGUAUGGGAUACUCUAAAGGGAGAGCGUGCAGGUGUUCUAGCUGGGCAUGACAACCGGGUCAGCUGUUUGGGGAUAUCAAGUGACGGCAUGGCUUUGGCCACCGGUUCUUGGGACAGCUUCCUUAGGAUAUGGAACUGAUCUCACUGGGUUGUACUUUUUGGAGUCACUCGUUCUGAUCAUACAAUCACUGUAGUGCACCGCUGACACACAGGACCCUUCCCCCUCCAUCUCCUCCUUAUAGAAGACCUAGUUUCUUCAUCAUCUUUUCUUUCUUAGACCGUAUUUUCCCACCAUCCUGCAAGAGGUGAGGAUAUUGAAGAGCCUUCCCUGGCUCUCUGUCUUUUGGGAUUCACGUAUGACUCAAGGUGGUGAACAGGCUUUGUUGUGUAUAUAUCUGCCAUUCUUUGUGCUUGUAUGUAUAACAUAUACACUUCUGACAGUGUUUGGGUGUCCUGGUGUGUGGAUACUCGUGAUGGAUGUCUUCACUAUCCCCGUUUUCUUUUCCUGCUUAUUUUUAUUUUCUUUGUCCCCAGUCACAGUGGCAUUUGCCACACAGUGGCCAGUGUUAUUAACUAAGGGAUUAGACUGCCACAGUAUUGUAGGCCAUCAGUGUUUGACCGUUGACCUUAAUUUAGUUCGCAUUAGAAAGCAUCAGUGUUGAGUCUGUUGUGUCAUAAAUGGUUCAGGCUCAGCUUGCUAACGUGUAGUUGUGAGAGAAACACUGACGUCACUGAGCUUGUCUGCUAUCCUCUAAGCUUGACAGUAAUGUUUGCCGUGUUUCAGUGUAUUAAAAACUGUAUUGAAGUCUGCACAGAAGGAUUUACCAUCAGCCUGUCUGUCCAUCUGUCUUUACUAUCACUAGAUAUACUAUCUGAGAUUU